AAUAGAUAACGUGGCAAACAGAAACCGCAGCUCCCACGCCGUUCUGCCGUACAAGCAAUGCUAAUCUUCUCCGUUGCGUCAACCCCUUUUGUCUCUUCUCUUUCUUCGCCGCUCGUGACAUCAAAAAGCAGAUUCCCCCCACCCCCCCGGGUUCAGAAUCUCUCCCUCUCUCUCUAGUCUACCGAUUCCAUUCCAUCUCUCUGUUACGAAUCACGUCCCACUGAUUGAUUCAAAGGGACGAGGUAGAGAGCCUCCAGGAGGGAUUAACAUGGUUGGCCGAGAGGAGUUGAGGAUGACUCACGACCUGGAACUGUGCUUUGAGAAACUGAUGGCGGGCGGCUACCGCGGCGGCGGAGUGAUCACCGAGUGGAAGAACGCUCCGGCGGAGCUCUUGUUGCGGAUUCUUUCACUUGUAGAUGACCGCACGGUGAUCGUUGCUUCGGGGGUGUGCCGUGGGUGGAGAGAUGCCAUUUGUUGGGGGCUCACCCAGCUCUCUCUCUGUUGGUGCAAGAAGAACAUGAACAACUUGGUUCUAUCUCUUGCUCCUAAAUUCACAAAACUGCAGAUGCUAAUUCUGCGUCAGGAUACACCACAGCUCCAAGACAAGGCCGUUGAGGCAAUUGCAAAUUGCUGCCAUGAUCUGCACGAGUUAGACCUUAGCAAAAGCUUCAAGCUUAGUGAUUGCUCCCUCUAUGCAUUGGCUCACGGUUGUCCGAAUCUUACAAAACUCAACAUAAGUGGGUGUUCUGCUUUCAGUGAUGUAGCUCUUGCCUAUUUAGUCAAUUUUUGCAGAAAGUUAAAAUAUCUAAAUCUUUGUGGAUGCGGGAAAGCUGCAUCUGACAAGGCUUUGAAGGCUAUUGGAUAUAACUGCCGUCAAUUGCAGUCUUUGAAUCUGGGAUGGUGUGAGAAUGUGGGUGAUCCAGGGGUACUGAGUUUAGCAUAUGGAUGCCCUGAUCUAAGAGCUCUUGAUUUGUGUGGUUGUAUUCUUAUAACAGAUGACAGUGUUAUAGCUUUGGCAAACAACUGCCUUCAUCUCAGAUCCCUUGAUCUCUACUACUGCCGAAAUAUCACAGACAAAGCUAUGUAUUCUCUGGCACAAAGUCGAGUGAGGAACAAGCAUGAAAUGUGGGAAUCUGCGAAGAACAGGUACGAGGAGGAAGGCCUAAUGAAUCUCAACAUCAGCCAGUGCACGGCCCUUACUCCUCCAGCUGUUCAGGCAUUAUGCGACUCAUUUCCUGCACUUCACACUUGCUCAGGAAGACAUUCCCUCAUAAUAAGUGGAUGUUUGAGCUUGACAUCAGUGCAUUGUGCCUGUGCUGUCCAAGCACACCGCGCACCCGGUGUAUUUCCUCGUCCUGCUCACUGAGUAGAGUAUCUACAACUAAAGUUUAUUGCUCAAGUAAAAGGUCAAACACUACCCCCCUACCCUGUAUACAGGUAAUGUUGAUAGUGUUGUUUUUGACUCAGAAUGCUAUCAAGUUUGUUGUCUUCCCAGGCCUUGGCUUUUUAGGCUGUUUUCAGACAUUGGUUUAUACAUUAAAAGGAAAAUAGUACUGCUCAUGAUAUAUAGCUCAAUGUUACACCUUUUGGCAUGUGAAGCACUUUAUGUUGUGUUACUUCUUACAGUUUGGGCUAAAGGCAUAGACUUCCCACCACGUGUCUUUUGUGUCUGUUUCAAUUUAUCGGAGCACACAUUUAACAAUUGCCAUUUA